UGUGGAGUUUACAGUUGAACCCGUAGUGAAUCUCUUGUCUGAAACUGCAUUCAAAAUUUUCUUUUAAUUACAAAUCAGUAUUUUCGUUGCUUACUCCUGAAAUCUAACUAAAGCAAAAUAAACCUGGUGAUGCACCUGUUAGUUUGCUGACUUACAGCAGAUUCUUGCUAAUAUUAGAUAGUAUGGACAAUAAUUUUAUGAUUCAUGGUAUAUUGAGUCAGAUUGAAAAAUUAUCGACGACUAUUAUUUAAGAAUAGAAAAGUAGAAUAUCAGAAAUUCGUGCAUCACUCAAAAUACAGUAUGCCUACGGUGAAUUAUCGCUAUCUGCUCAUCAUACUGGUAUACUCUAUAGUAGCAGUGAUCUGCAUGUUGAGCUUCAUUAUUAGGGGCGGCGAUACAGGUCCUCAGCAGUGGAUCAGGAACACAGUCAGGAAGUCGGACGAUAAGAAGAGAGACGCUGACAUACGCAUGGAUGUGGAUCUUCACAAGGACAAUUACAUGGACAGGGACCUGAUGCUGUUCCCACAAAACAACAUAACUAACAGAAACAAAGAACUCUUCGGGAUGUAUCAAAAUGGAAAUCCUAAUUCUGGAUAUGAGAAAUAUGUCAAUAAGACCGUCUAUAAAACAUCGAAUGUUCUACAGAAUACCAAAAAUACAUUAAUAGAUAAUUCAGGUAACCGACACUACAUAACAAAAAGUAAGUCGAUGAACUUCGAAGAUGUGGGUAGACGUUUAAGUGAAGAACGAGCCCAUGUACAGGCAGCUUGUAGCAAAGUGAGAACAGAAUGCUCCCUCGAGAAUAGAAUUAAGUACAGAAACUUCUUCUUCCAUGACUACAACACUACUGUGUGUACCAUAGCCAAGUCGGGAUCGUCCACCUGGAGGGCUCACCUGCGGAAAGUCAAUGGAGGACCUCCACCUCACCUGCCUGUCUCUAUUGAUGCCCGCAGGGAUCAGUUCCUCGCUCGACCCUACGACCUCGUCGUCCGAGACAUCAACGCCUCGGUCAAGAUCAUCACUGUCAGGCACCCUCUCACCCGUUUGGUUUCCGCCUACCGAGAAAAGUACAAGGGAGGAAGGAUAAUGCCACCCAACAAGCCUGAGCGGGAGAGACGGUUUCACAAGAACCAUGCAGGGUCUUACUGGGGGGACAGAUUCAAGCAGUUCUGGCUACCAGCGCUCUACACUAAUGGCCUAAUCCCCGCUGACAUCCACAUCGCUCUUGGCCUCCACCAGCCCAUCGACCCAGCUGCCAGAUACGAGACGAAGGUGUACGAGCAGCUGCACAACCUAUUAAAGCCUCGCCUGACCUUCCUGCAGUUCCUCCGCCACGUAGUCUACACCUUCAACAACAGCCAGGAAGACGCCCAUUGGGCAAAAUAUACCAAAGAGUGUUGUCCAUGCCACUGGGAUUACCAGUACGUAACCAAGGUGGAGACGAUGACUGAGGACCUGAAAUACGUCUUUCAGAAGUUGGGGAUCCAUACAAACUUCUCACUCGCCAAGAACAAGAGUCAUAACACCAAAGCCGACCCUUACAGUAAAUACUUUAGGUAUUACGAAUUGAUUCCUGUUGACGUGAGACGGCAGAUUUAUGAGAUCUUCAGAAAGGACUUUGAAAUUUUUAAUUACCAGCUACCAGAAGGUUUCCUAGAUAAAUGAUGAAACGCUACUGUGUGUGUGUGUGUGUGUGUGUGUGUGUGUGUGUGUGUGUGUGUGUGUUUGUGUGUUGUG